GUUAUCGGGCACGAUCCGGUUUCCGCAGUUUCCAGUUGGGGCGGCUUCUCGCGGUUUAAGAACGAGAGGUGACACAGUGGCUGGAUUUUCCAACCGUGACAUAUGUGCCAUAUCCACCACCCACCGGCGAGAAUAAGUGAAACCGGGCGAAUUGUGCGUGAACUGUUGCGUGAUCCCGUGUUCAGUGUUCAGUGUUUUCCGACGUAAUAGAAAAUCCCCACAAAACAAACCAUCAUGAAGAACAGAAAGCUCGGUAUGGCGAGUGGUGGAAGCGGCGAGAUGGACUUCCUUACGGUCCCAACGAAGAUCACGCCGAUGAAGCAGGUGUUGGCGGAAAUACAAAGCGACGACGAGGAACCCGGACUCGGCUACACACACACGCUGAUGUAUGGUCGCUACACCAAGGACCUAGGAGAAUACGCCAAAGAUGAAGCGCGAAGACUCAGGCUUCUUGAACGACGAAGAAAAAAAAAUGAUAAAGCAAGAAACAAGGAACUGCUGGACGUCCGGGAUAACAAGUGCUUCAAAGCCGCGUCGUGGCUGUGGCGAAACACAUUCGCGCGGCUGGGCGAAGACUGGGUGUUCCUGGCGAUGCUCGGCAUCAUCAUGGCGAUGCUAUCCUACGUGAUGGAUAAGGGCAUCUCGAUGUGCACGAACUCUCGUGUUUGGCUGUACCGUGAUCUCACCAACCACCCGGUGGCGCAAUACCUGGCCUGGGUUUCGCUGCCCGUUUGCCUGAUCCUCUUCUCGGCCGGGUUCGUCCACCUGGUCGCCCCGCAGAGUAUCGGUUCCGGCAUUCCGGAGAUGAAGACUAUCCUGCGCGGUGUCGCGCUGAAGGAAUAUCUCACCUUCAAGACGCUGGUCGCGAAGGUGAUCGGCCUGACCGCAACCCUCGGCAGUGGUAUGCCGCUCGGCAAGGAAGGCCCCUUUGUACAUAUAGCUAGUAUAGUGUCGCAGCUGCUAAGUAAGAUCAUCACAUCAUUCCAAUCGAUCUACGAGAACGAAUCGCGCAACACCGAGAUGUUGGCGGCGGCGUGUGCCGUCGGUGUUGGCGCUUGCUUUGCUGCCCCAAUCGGGGGCGUGUUGUUCAGCAUUGAGGUCACCACGACGUACUUCGCCGUGCGUAACUACUGGCGUGGGUUCUUCGCGGCCGUUUGCGGUGCGACAGUGUUCCGACUGCUAGCCGUAUGGUUCCAGAAAGCGGACACCGUAACGGCGAUGUUUUCGACUAACUUCACGUCGGAUUUUCCCUUCGACCCUCAGGAGCUGUUCGUGUUCGCACUGAUUGGACUCAUUUGCGGCCUAGGAGGUGCGUUGUACGUGUGGGUACAUCGAAAGUACGUCCUGUUCAUGCGCUCCAACAAAAAGAUGAACAAAUUCUUGCAGAAGAACCGCUUCCUGUAUCCUGGCAUUGUGGCGCUGAUUGUGGCCACUCUUUCGUUCCCACUUGGAUUUGGCAAAUAUAUCGCUGGUGAGCUGAGCACUCACGAUCAAGUGCACCAGCUAUUCUCGAACUUCACCUGGACCAAACACGAGCUGACCGUCGAGCAGGCGGCCGUAGUGUCGAACUGGCGCACGUCCGAAACGAACGUGUUCGCGAACCUCAUCAUAUACCUGUUGUACACGUUCUUCCUGUCGAUCAUCGCCUCAACCAUUCCCGUGCCAUCUGGUAUGUUUAUUCCGGUGUUCAAGAUCGGUGCCGCGUUUGGCCGGAUAGUUGGUGAAGCGAUGCACCUCUGGUUCCCGCAUGGCGUACGAUACGGUGGCAUGCUCGCCCCGAUAAUCCCUGGCGGGUAUUCCGUGGUUGGUGCGGCAGCUUUCUCCGGUGCCGUCACACACACGGUCUCCGUCGGUGUGAUCGUGUUCGAGAUGACGGGCCAAAUAACGCAUAUCGUGCCGGUCAUGAUAGCGGCCCUUAUCUCGAACGCUGUAGCCGCACUGCUGCAGCCGUCCAUGUACGACAGCAUUAUCCUGAUCAAGAAGCUGCCGUACCUGCCCGAUCUCCUGCCGUCCGGCUCGGGUAUGUACAACAUCUACGUGGAGGACUUUAUGCUGCGCGAGGUGCGCUACAUCUGGAAGGGCAUCUCGUACCAGCAGCUGAAGGAGAUCCUGAAGGCGAACAAGAGCCUGCGCAGCCUGCCGAUCGUCGACAGCCCCGACAACAAGGUGUUGCUUGGUAGCGUGCAGCGUUACGAGCUGAUCAAGAUGAUCGACAAGCAUAUUGGUCGUGAGAAACGCCUCGAAGUGGCUGCCAAGCUGAUGAAGGAAGCUGAAGAAAAAGCUCGCGAGGAACAGGAGCGCCAGAAGCGCGAAGCGGCCGAAGCUCAGAAGGCACGGCGUCCGUCCCGUUUCGAGGUGGUCCCAGCACCGGACAUCCUGAAGCUCCGGGAGCGUGCCAACAAUGAGAUGCUGCCUCCGCAAGCACGCCGAGAAUCGAACGCCUCCGUUACAGGUACACCGGUGUUUGGAGGCACACAGCCCAAGAAAUCGAUCCUGAAGAAAACGAACUCGUUCACGCUGAAGGGACUCAGUCCGUUGUCUCCGCACAGCCCAGUUCACACGCCUUAUACCACGAUCACGGGCACGGAGAGUCGCAUACGGUCCGCGUUCGACAUCAUCUUCCGUAAGUCAGCCACGCUGCAGGACGUCACACCUGAUCCCGAGAUCGGUUCCAUCGGCACACCGAGCAUCGUCGGAUCGGAAGGUCCGCCUCUCACGCCUGGCAUCUCGAAGAAGGUGCAGUUGCCGCGGGAACGCGUCAUCGACAUGUCCUCCGAGGAUCAGAAGGCCUGGGAGAUGGAAGAAAUGGCGAAAUCGAUCGACGUCGAUCACCUGCACAUCGAUCCAGCUCCGUUCCAGUUAGUCGAGCGAACGUCCAUCCUGAAGGUCCACUCGCUGUUCUCGAUGGUUGGCAUCAAUCACGCGUACGUGACUAACGUUGGUCGGCUGGUCGGUGUGGUAGCUCUUAAGGAGCUUCGCUCUGCGAUUGAGAACGUGAACAGCGGAACUCUAACACCAGAAACAGUCAAAUCAGACAACAAUAAUGGCAUUUCGGCGGACGAACCCUUGCUGCCGAAGCGAUCCGGUGACAUGUACAGCGAUAAAAAAGUAAAUAACACAAUCACCUCGAUGGAUUCGGCACUGUCCAACUCGGACAACUGCUCCGACAUCGAGCUAGAUAAUAUAAACCACGAUCGCAGUGAUAGUACUACCAUUAAUGCCACAACCAAACACACCAACGGUCAUCCCGGCCAACAGCAGUAGCCACUGCUGCAGCUCUAGCUAGUAGUAUUGCCAGUGCCGAGAACUGAUAAAGGGCAGCUGAUGUGGUGCCGAGUUGUGAGACUUGCCGUUGAUGCACCCAAAAAGACACUACGAUCACGACACGUACACACCACGUCACAAAAGUGGGCAAGAUGCUCCGAAGAUCGAUGGCAACUUUUCCGACACCGUACACUACAUGUUCACUGAUAGCACGUGAUGUUUUUGUGUGAGUUGCGGCCUUCAAAAAUGCCGUUAUAAAAUCCCUUAAGGAUGCGUUACGUGCUGAUUAUCCUGGCACCGUAUUGUACUGUAUGU